GAGACAGAAACAGAGAGACAGAGAGACAGAAACAGAGAGACAGAAACAGAGAGACAGAAACAGAGAGACAGAGAGACAGAAACAGAGAGACAGAAACAGAGAGACAGAGAGACAGAAACAGAGAGACAGAGAGACAGAGACAGAGAGACAGAAACAGACAGACAGAGAGACAGAAACAGAGAGACAGAAACAGAGACAGAAACAGAGAGACAGAGAGACAGAGAGACAGAAACAGAGAGACAGAGAGACAGAAACAGAGAGACAGAAACAGAGAGACAGAACAGAGAGACAGAAACAGAGAGACAGAGAGACAGAAACAGAGAGACAGAGAGACAGAAACAGAGAGACAGAAACAGAGAGACAGAGAGACAGAGAGACAGAAACAGAGAGACAGAGAGACAGAAACAGAGAGACAGAAACAGAGAGACAGAGAGACAGAGAGACAGAGAGACAGAAACAGGAGACAGAAACAGAGAGACAGAAACAGAGAGACAGAGAGACAGAGAGACAGAAAUAGAGAGACAGAGAGACAGAGACAGAGAGACAGAAACAGACAGACAGAGAGACAGAAACAGAGAGACAGAAACAGAGAGACAGAAACAGAGAGACAGAAACAGAGAGACAGAGAGACAGAAACAGAGAGACAGAGAGACAGAAACAGAGAGACAGAAACAGAGAGACAGAAACAGAGAGACAGAGAGACAGAGAGACAGAAACAGAGAGACAGAAACAGAGAGACAGAAACAGAGAGACAGAGAGACAGAGAGACAGAGAGACAGAAACAGAGAGACAGAGAGACAGAAACAGAGAGACAGAAACAGAGAGACAGAAACAGAGAGACAGAGAGACAGAGAGACAGAAACAGAGAGACAGAAACAGAGAGACAGAAACAGAGAGACAGAAACAGAGAGACAGAGAGACAGAGAGACAGAAACAGAGAGACAGAGAGACAGAGACAGAGAGACAGAAACAGACAGACAGAGAGACAGAAACAGAGAGACAGAAACAGAGAGACAGAGAGACAGAGAGACAGAAACAGAGAGACAGAAACAGAGAGACAGAAACAGAGAGACAGAGAGACAGAGAGACAGAGAGACAGAAACAGAGAGACAGAGAGACAGAAACAGAGAGACAGAAACAGAGAGACAGAAACAGAGAGACAGAGAGACAGAG